AUGACUGAUAUUAUCAAAAAAAAUAAUAUUCCUUUUGAAAGAAAAUUACAUCGUUAUCUUAAUUUUAAUACAUAUUACUUUGAUAGACAAGAAUUUGAUACUCUAAUUUAUAAUUAUUUUAAAGAUGAAAAAACAAAUCCGUUCAGGUAUUUCUUAUACCAGUUUGAAAGAAACUAUAAUCCUCAAGAUGAAUUUGAAAUUCAUAUUCAGGGUUGUUUUAUUUUACAUAAUCAAUCAAGAUUAGGAAGUUAUCUUAAUGUUGGUGAUAAGAAAAAAAAUAGAAUUUUAAAGAAAGCUGAGCAUUCGGGGGUUAAAGGAUUAUUGAAAAUUGAUAAGUUUCAUUUCGAUCCAACACAUGCCGAUUUUGAAUAUUCAGUUGCUUAUAAUAAGAAAAAAUAUAAUCGUUGUUUUAAACAUCACAAUCAACUAUCAAAUUCAAAUGAUCCAAAGA